GCCACAGAGACUGGACACAGUGGACAGAGACUGGACUGAGUGGACACAGACUGGACUGAGACUGGACAGAGUGGACACAGACUGGACUGAGUGGACCGGUCAGCAGCUCUAAACUGUGUCUUUGUGCUGUUAUUUCUGUUAUUUCUUAUUUCUUUAGAUCAUGUCUUACACUAAGUUCUUAGCGCCUUUAUUCCGGCGCAGCGCAAACACAGCGCGCAUCCCUCCGGCUCAGUAUCGAUCCACUGUGGCAUCGACCAAACCCAAAGAGGAGAAAGAGCCGCAGAUGGAGGGAUGUCCCGUGAUCGAGGCUCAGCCCGUGGAGCUCAUCACCCAAACCACAACUUUAAACAAACCACGAGCCCAGAAGAUCCAGAUCGACUUUGAAAACACAAAAGAAGCUUAUAGAAGUAAAAAGAACCUGGAGCUGCUCAGGAGCCUGCUGGUCUUCAAACUCUGCACCUUUGACUUCCUCGUGGAGAGAAAUAAAGAGCUGAUGGACCUCAGCCGCAGAGUGCUCGGACAGAGGCUCUUUGAAAAGAUGAUGAAAAUGACCUUCUACGGACAGUUUGUGGCGGGGGAAGAUCACAACUCCAUCAAACCCCUGGUCCAUAAGAAUGAAGCGUUUGGAGUGGGGGCCGUGCUGGACUACAGCGUGGAAGAGGAUCUGACACAAGAAGAGGCGGAGAAGAAGGAGAUGGACUCGUGUGUUUCUGAAGCAGAGAAGGAAAGUCCAGAUGAUGGACUUCGGGAAAAGAAAUACAAAGCUCAUCGUCGGUUCGGAGACAGACGUGGAGGCGUCAUCAGCGCUCGCACGUACUUCUACGCCGACGAGGCAAAGUGCGACAAACAAAUGGAGACGUUCAUUAACUGUAUCAAAGCGUCGGGAGGAGCUUCUGCUGAUGGAUUCUCAGCGAUCAAAAUGACGGCGCUCGGGCGGCCGCAGUUUCUUCUCCAGUUUUCUGAAGUGCUGGUGAAAUGGAGACGUUUUUUUAACGUCCUCGCGGCGCAGCAGGGUCAGUCUGAAAUGAUGGUUCUGGAUCAAAAACUAGAACUGGAACAGCUCAAGGAGAGUUUGGCUGAGAUGGGCGUCGGAGACAAAGAUGAAAUAGAAAACUGGUUCACUGGAGAGAGACUGGGCCUCUCGGGAACGAUCGAUCUUCUCGACUGGAACAGUUUGAUUAACGACACCACCCGAAUCUCCAACCUGCUGAUGGUGCCAAACCUCAAGACUGGACAUCUUGAGCCUUUGUUGAAAAAGUUUACUGCUGAAGAGGAGCAGCAGAUGAAGAGGAUGCUACAGAGAGUGGAUAUUUUAGCCAAGCACGCCGUGGAAAACGGGGUCCGGCUCAUGGUGGACGCAGAGCAGACGUAUUUUCAGCCGGCGAUCAGCCGCCUGACCCUGGAAAUGCAGAGGAAGUUCAACAGAGAGAAACCGACUAUUUUCAACACCUACCAGUGUUACCUUAAGGAAGCCUACGAUAACGUGACCAUGGACGUGGAGCUGUCGCGCAGAGAGGGAUGGUUCUUUGGGGCCAAACUCGUUCGUGGGGCUUAUAUGUAUCAGGAGAGAGCCCGGGCCGCGGAGAUCGGCUACGAAGACCCGAUAAACCCAGACUACGAGACGACCAACAGAAUGUACCACAGGUGUUUGGAGUACGUGCUGGAGGAAAUUGAACGCAGCAGAAGGGCCAAUGUGAUGGUCGCGACUCACAAUGAGGACACUAUUAAAUUCACUUUAGAAAUGAUGAACGACAUGGACCUUUCACCCGCUGAGAAUAAGGUUUACUUUGGACAGCUGCUCGGCAUGUGUGACCAGAUCAGUUUUCCUCUGGGUCAGGCUGGUUUCCCCGUUUACAAAUACGUCCCAUACGGCCCCGUCAACGAGGUCAUACCUUAUCUGUCCCGACGAGCACAAGAGAACCGCGGCUUCAUGAAGGGCUCCCAGAGAGAGCGCACCCUGCUGUGGAAGGAGCUGAAGCGCAGAUUACUCAAGGGACAGAUUCUCUACAAACCUGUGUACUAAGUACUACAGGUACUCCUGCAUACUAUUUACCACAGGUACUCCUGUGUACUGUGUACUACAGUUACUCCUGUGUAGUGUGUAGUGUGUACUGUGUAGUGUGUACUGUGUAGUGUGUACUGUGUACUGUGUACUGUGUAGUGUGUACCUCAGUGGCCUGUGCGUCCUUCAUUCCAUUGCCAUGACUUGAGUGAUGUAGUUUUUAUAGUUUUAUUUAUGAAUAUUUACAUCUUAUGAAAUUGUGCCUUGAAUGUGUCGGUGACAAAUGGAGGUUUGACGUUCGCUCUGUCUGUAAAUAUCCUGUUUAGGUGUAAUUGUAUAUAACAGAUGAUGAUUUAAACGUGCCUUAUAUCUGCAGACGAGUGUCGAUCAAACACUCCCACAGGACGAUAUUCUGUAGUUUGAUCUUUUUAUUGUUACAGAUGAUAUAUUUUUGGAACUUUGUAAAUGUAUAAUAAUAAAAUAAUUGUAUUUCCGAUG